AUGAAAUUCCCUUACCCCGGCACGUUAACCGCUCUUCAAUACUUCACAAGUGCAGCUGGAGUCUUACUCUGCGGCCGGUUAAAGCUUAUCGAACAUGAUCCUCUCAAUCUCUUAACCAUAUGGAGGUUUCUUCCAGCAGCAAUCAUCUUGUACUUGUCACUUUUCACCAACAGUGAGCUUCUCCUCCACUCGAAUGUCGACACUUUGAUAGUGUUUCGAUCAGCUGUUCCGGUCUUCGUCGCUGUUGGAGAAACCCUUUUCUUGAACCAGCAUUGGCCAUCUUUUAAAACAUGGAUCUCUCUUGUUACCAUCUUUGGAGGAAGCUUCCUCUAUGUACUCACUGAUUACCAGUUUACAAUCACAACAUGUAGUUGGGCUGUUGCUUAUCUUGUGAGUAUGUCUAUUGAUCUUGUCUACAUCAAGCACGUGGUAACGACUAUCGGGUUAAACACUUGGGGUCUUGUGCUCUACAAUAACCUCGAAGCUCUUCUCUUGUUCCCACUUGAGUUGUUUAUAAUGGGAGAGUUACAUAAACUAAGGCAUGAGAUCACUGAUGAACCUGAUUGGUACAGUUUCUCAGUGGUUUUGCCUGUGGGUUUAUCUUGUUUGUUCGGUUUGUCCAUCUCUUUCUUCAAUUUUUCGUGUCGCCAAGGGAUUUCAGCUACCGGGUUUAUGGUUCUUGGCAUUGUGAACAAACUGUUAACAGCUAUUAUCAAUUUGGUUAUAUGGGAUAAACACUAA